GAAUUCGCAAAUUCAUUGUUCUGAAGCACAAUGAAACGACAAAUAAAAGCAUCAGUUUUGUUUGCUAUUUUCGCGUAUAGCAUUCAUUGUGUGUGUGGCGAAAAUAUAUGUGUUGAUUUUUCACCUGGAUUCGAAAGUGACUUGCGGAGCAUCGAACAAUUAGAAGAUUGCAUAAAAUUUGGCAACGGUUUUUCCGAAAUUAAAAACCAAUUCGACGUUGGCAUCGUCCCUCAUAUUAAGUAUGUACUGGAAGUGGGUGCCAAUUACGUUGCGUGCUGCGGUAGCUUUGAUACAGCUACCAAAGUAUAUUUCGAAAAAGCGAAGAAAGGUGGCAAGGUUUCAGUCUAUAAUACGAUGAUAACGCGUUGGCGCAAACGUCUUCAGGUUCAAUAUUUGGGAAUAGCAGGAUCGACAUUAUUUCUAAAAUUAAGUUUGGUCAGCCUUGUAAAGAAUUUCCAAAAUGUGAAAUCUAUAAGGGCUGAUUUAUCGAUGGCAAACAUACGAACUAUUGAUAAUUCGACAUGUCCAAUUGAGCAGUUUAAGACUCAAGCAAAUGCACACGCUUUAGAUUGGACUCCGUAACAUGAAACGUUAGAAUAAACCAAAAACUAAUUGGCAUUAAGCGUCAAAUUAAAAAAAAAAUAUCUAUUCAUCUAUUAGGGAAAUAAUUUAAAAAAAAUAAAUGUCGUUCUGAUUAAGAUUUUUUUUUUAAACAAAAAAGUAAAAAAUGAUGUAUUUUAGUCAAUGUUCUCAAUAAGUUCAUUCAUUUGAUUAUGGUUCUUAAUUUUUUAUCUCUUGUAGUAGACACAUCUGUAACAUUGUAAACUUUUUCAUGUAUGUUUGUUUCAUUGCACUCAGUCAUUUCCAUGCAUGUGUCUCAUGAUAUACACACACACACUCACACACAUCAGACGUGUAGUCAACGAUAACAUCGUCGUUGAUGGAAACUCAAAAAUAAAUAAAUUCUUUGUUUAUUUUGAUGUACUUGGCAUUCAGAAGUCAUGUUCUUGGCACAUCAAAGCCUUACUCGUGCAAAAACUGUUUCUAAACUAAAUCGCGGUCAUACUUUUCAGAUCAGUCGCUAUUGAAAUGGCAAAGAGGCAGUUUGACGAUUCUAUCGAAAGCGAACUAAAAUAGUAAUUAAUUGAAAAUUUUGCUUUACAGAAAAUUUUGAAUUUUACUUGUUUGAAUAAAGUGGCAUUGAUUUCAAA